CUGACCGUUCAGUAGGAAGGAGAAACGAUCGUCUCGUUCUUCUUAUCCCUUAUAAGGCCGUUCAGCAGACUAGGGUUUUACUCUCGCCUCAGCAAGCUAGGGUUUGCAGAUUGGAUCUUUUUCCUCUUCUCUUAUUCCGAUCUAGAGGCAGAUCAGUCAAAAUGUAUACCGCGAGGAGGAAAAUUCAUAAAGAUAAGGAUGUUGAACCUACUGAGUUUGAGGAGUCAGUUGCACAGUCAUUCUUUGAUUUGGAGAACACCAAUCAGGAACUUAAAAGUGAUUUGAAAGAUCUCUAUAUGAGUUCUGCAGUUCAAAUGGAUGUUGCUGGGAAUCGGAGGGCAGUGGUUAUCCAUGUUCCUUACCGACUAAGGAAAGCUUUCCGGAAAAUUCAUGUCAGGCUUGUCAGAGAGCUGGAGAAGAAGUUUAGCGGGAAGGACGUUAUCCUGAUUGCCAGCCGAAGGAUAUUGAGGCCACCAAAGAAGGGCUCUGCAGCCGUGAGACCUCGCAGCCGCACCCUUACCGCUGUGCAUGAUGCCAUGUUGGAGGAUGUUGUGUAUCCUGCAGAAAUUGUUGGGAAACGUGUUAGAUAUCGUAUCGAUGGGUCCAAGAUCAUCAAGAUUUUCCUAGACCCAAAGGAGCGAAACAACACGGAGUAUAAGCUGGAGACCUUUGCAGGAGUCUAUAGGAAGCUCUCCGGGAAAGAUGUGGUGUUCGAGUAUCCAAUGACCGAGGCUUAAAUUCCUAGUUGCCCAGCUUAAGUUCUUAUGGUUUCUUCCAAAGUCAUUAUGAAUUCAAAUUUUGACGUUGUGAGACUACCUUUGAGACCAGUUUCAUUUGAUUUGGAUGUGGAUGCAUGAAACAAUUUAGUGAAGAUGUUUUGAGUUUUUGAUUUGGA